GAAUUUCACAAAAUUUGGGGAGAAGGUUUACCAAAACUCGGAAUCUGGUCUCAUCUUCUAUAUCACUGGUGAGCUUGGACAGCAGUGGUAAGCAACUAUGCCCAGGCAAGCUUUUCCAAAUUUCUGUAGAGCCACUCAGAGAGUAGGUGGAGGCAGAUGCACUGAAGCAUCAGGCUUUAGCCUGGGUCACGCCUGUUACAGUGUUGUUGGGAAAACCAAGCACCAAUUUACCAGGGUGGAGUUAGGAAAUGGGAGGUUUGGGAUUGUGUUGCACAAAGGAGAUUGUCCUUUCACAAAGCCUUUCCAGGGCUUCACUUCAGUCUCUCUUCUUCUGCUCUGGCUGGGGAUGUGUCAGCCUGGGACAGCCUGAACACGCUUCCCCAUGAGAGUGCUGCUCUUAGGGAGCUACUUUCAGGAUUUGACCAAAGUGAACAUUGUGCAACAUUCCUCCAAAAGCUUUAUAGAAAGUCUGAGUUCCCAAAGCCUGUCAGGAUUUUUGUACCACCUCCUAACUCCUAGCCUGGACAUGUUAUCUGUCAUUUAAUAAAGAAACAGCAAGAUAUAAAAGGAGCACAUGGUGAUUGUGACAGGCAGUGGUGAAAGCCAGUGUUGGCCCUUUCCUGAGAGGUCUGCACAGGCUUGAAAACAGUACAGUCUUUAUUGUGUGCAAGUAACCCAUGGUGUGACACUGAGUUGUCUUUCUAGUGCAGUAUUAUCUCUGGAAGAUAGAAAUCCCCUUACAUUGUACCUUCUCUUAAUUAUCCCUUAUCUCUUUUGUGUGUCUCCACAGGGAAAGAUGCCACAGACACCUCCCUUUGCAGCAAUGUUUGACAGCAGCAGCUACAACAGGAACCUAUAUCAGACAAAAGAAGACAACUGUGGAGGGCUCUAUUACCAGGACAACAAUCUUCUGUCAGGAUCUCUGGAAGCUCUGAUCCAGCACUUAGUACCCAAUGUGGAUUACUAUCCAGAUAGGACGUACAUCUUCACUUUCCUGCUCAGCUCUCGCCUCUUCAUGCACCCCUACGAGCUCAUGGCCAAAGUCUGCCACCUGUGCAUUGAGCAGCAGAGACUCAGUGAGCCUGCCCUGGACAAGAACUGGACCCAGAAAAUUUCACCCAAAAUCCUACAGUUGUUGACUGAGUGGACAGAGACUUUUCCUUAUGAUUUCCGAGAUGAAAGAAUGAUGAGGAACUUAAAGGAGUUGGCCCAAAGAAUAGCCAGUGGGGAUGAGGUGUACCGGAAGAACGUGCAGCAGCUCCUCCAGAACCUGAUUCGGAAGCUGGCCGCGGUUACCCAGUACGAGGAGGUGCUUGCAAAAAUUGAUGCCACCACAUCCACAGAUCGCCUCACACUCCUAAAGACCAAGCCCCAGUCCAUCCAGAGGGACAUCAUCACAGUCUGCAAUGAUCCCUAUGUGUUAGCUCAGCAGCUGACGCACAUAGAGCUUGAGAGACUCAAUUAUAUUGGACCAGAAGAGUUUAUCCAGGCGUUUGUGCAAAAGGAUCCUUUGAAUAAUGACAAGAGCUGCUACGGAGAUCGAAAGAAGACUCGGAAUCUUGAAGCCUAUGUGGAGUGGUUUAACAGGCUCAGCUACUUGGUUGCAACAGAAAUCUGUAUGCCUGUGAAGAAGAAGCACAGAGCGAGAGUGAUAGAAUAUUUCAUCGAUGUGGCACGGGAAUGUUUUAACAUUGGCAACUUCAAUUCCUUAAUGGCUAUUAUUUCUGGCAUGAAUAUGAGUCCUGUGUCUCGAUUAAAGAAAACCUGGGCAAAAGUGAAGACAGCCAAAUUUGAUAUUCUUGAGCAUCAGAUGGACCCUUCCAGCAAUUUUUAUAAUUACCGAACUGCUCUGCGUGGAGCCACCCAGAGGUCCCUGACAGCUCACAGCAACAGAGAGAAGAUCGUGAUACCUUUCUUCAGCCUCUUGAUCAAAGAUAUUUACUUCCUCAAUGAGGGUUGUGCCAAUCGCCUUCCAAAUGGUCACGUCAAUUUUGAGAAAUUUUGGGAAUUGGCAAAACAAGUCAGUGAAUUUAUGACAUGGAAGCAAGUGGAGUGUCCUUUUGAAAGGGAUUGGAAGAUCCUGCAGUACUUGCUCUCUGUCCCAGUCUUCAGUGAUGAUGCACUUUACUUGGCUUCCUAUGAAAGUGAGGGUCCUGAGAACCACAUUGAAAAGGACAGAUGGAAGACACUAAGGUCAGCGCUUCUGGGCAGAGUCUAGAGCACACCGUGUCUGCUGUUGCUGUGUUAACGUGGAUUGCCAAGGGGCAUGGCUUGGUUUAUUUUUCUGUGCACUGAGUGGCACUCAGAAUGAUGAAAGAUGUGCAGUCAGUUGCGAUAUCGUGGAGCAAAGAUGAAAGAAGUUAAUUCAAGAACAAACAGGCAGCUUCUCCCAUCUGACAGAUGAGAUAAAAUCACAGCUCACUCAGCUGGGAUUUAGGCUGAAGUAUUGAUUGAGACUCCUUUGAAGAUCUCAGAUGUUGCCUAUGAAUCAUUUCACACCUGGAUGGAAUAUUCUUUCCUUCACUUUUGCUGCAGCUUGCUGCUACAAGGACUCUGCAGAGCUGCCACAAGGACUCACAGGAGGUUACAGAGGGGAAAUGUUCACCAUUCCUUUCGGUCUGCAUUGAAGAGCUCUCAUUCCUAAUAAGCUGAAUAUAUCCCAGAAGAUUGGGAUUGCUAAGAAGGGAAAGGAUGGACACAAAGAUUGGCUGCUGAGGAGAAUUUCUCCCUACCACUGUAAUGGUGGCUGGUUGUUUGUUUGUUUUUCUUUUUCCAAUGUGUUUUUGAGUUGGCUGCUGGCAGGCAAACUCAUUAUUUUAAGUUAUUAAAAAAUAUGAAGUAAUAAAAAUCAAGGCUGUGGUAGAAAAUAUACCUGCUGUAAAAAGAUAGUAACUAUGUAGCUCUAUGACUUCUAGUGAGGCUUUUUCUUUUGUUCAGUUCUUUAUAACUAACCACUACGUGCUACAGACAUUCUUAUUUUUACUGUGAGGUUUUUUUACUCUUGAUUUUCCAUACUUGACCUUCUUCUUAUAUGAGGUUGAACAAGCUGACUUUUCUAGAAUAGUCUUGGAGAAACUGGCAUAAAAAUAUAUGAGGGUAUGUUUUUAUUAAGUAAUUUUUAUAACUGCCUUUUUUUUUUUGAAAGGGUAAUAGUGGUGAACACAAUCCAUUUUGACUGAAAUAGCAAGAUGCCAAAAGGAAAAAAAAAGAGACUUCUUCUCAGUUCCAGCUAUGAACAAAACAGUCUUCCUGUGUGUUUGCUUUAGGGAUUAUGCUUAUGACUGUGAAGUAGUUCACUGUGUUACACACCUAAUAAGUUUUUAGUAGCUCUGAAUACCUAGUCACUCUAUCUGUCUAGGAGGAACCCGAUUGAAAAAAAAUACAAAACCAAGCCUGUAGCUGUAGAUCACCCUGGAUGCAAAAAUCAAUAAGCAAAGUACAUACUUGGCAAAAA